GAAAGCACAGGGUGAGGGGAUUGGCUGCUGGAAGCUGUAGCGUCACUGCCAGUGAGGGAGAGCUUGGAGGAUGCUCAGCAAAGCUGGGAGGUACUACAUUCGUUAGGAGUUUGUACAGAGACCCCAGCCUCCAUCCGCUACACACUCACAGUCAGGAGAAACCUGCAGGAUAAAUUUCCACACCCGGCUCUUGUUUACUCCGCUCCAGCCAUGAAUUACCUGCGCCGGCGUCUCUCGGACAGCACCUUCAUUUCAAACCUGCCCAACGGCUACAUGACAGACCUUCAGAGGCCUGACCCUGCUCAGCCUCCUCCACCUGCUUCCUCCACCCCUGCCAAGUCUCCAACAAGCGGGCCGACACCUCCAGCCGUUUCCCCUGCUCCUGAGAGGAAGCCUCAGACGUCUCAGUCGACCGGCGCUGGCUUCUUCAGCUCCAUCACAAAUGUUGUAAAGCAGACAGCUGCCUCAGCAGGGCUCGUGGAGCAGACCCAAGUCACGACACCCAAGAAGUUUAAGAUUCUGCUUGUGAUCGAUGAACCCCAGCAGGAGUGGGCGAAAUUAUUGAAAGGAAAGAAGGUUCACGGGGAUUAUGAUAUCAAAGUGGAACAGGCUGAAUUCAGUGAGAUGAAUGUUGUUGCCCAUGCCAGCGGUACAUGCAGCGUGAACAUGCAAGUCCUCAGAAAUGGCACCAAGGUUGUCAGGUCCUUCAAGCCAGACUUUGUUCUCAUUCGCCAGCAUGCCUUCAGUAUGACCCAGAAUGAAGAUUUUCGCAACCUGAUCAUCGGUCUGCAGUAUGGGGGUGUUCCAAGCAUUAACUCCUUGGAAUCCAUCUACAACCUCUGCGACAAGCCGUGGGCAUUUGCUCAGCUAAUCAACACCUACAGGAAGUUGGGACCUGAGAAGUUCCCCCUCAUUGAACAGACUUUUUAUCCCAACUAUAAGGAGAUGGUGAGCAUGCCCUCAUUUCCUGUUGUUGUAAAGAUUGGACACGCUCACUCUGGGAUGGGAAAGGUGAAAGUGGACAACCACAGUAAGUUCCAGGAUAUAGCCAGCGUCGUGGCUCUUACUCAGACCUACACCACCACAGAGCCUCUCAUUGAUUCCAAAUAUGACAUCAGAAUCCAGAAGAUUGGUGCUGACUACAAAGCUUACAUGAGAACAUCUAUAUCUGGAAACUGGAAGACAAACACAGGCUCUGCAAUGCUUGAGCAGGUCGCCAUGACUGACAGGUACAAGCUAUGGGUGGACACUUGCUGCGAGAUCUUUGGGGGUUUGGACAUUUGUGCAAUUAAAGCUAUCCAUGGGAAAGAUGGCAAAGAUUAUAUCACAGAGGUGGUUGGUUCCUCCAUGCCGCUGGUUGGAGAACACCAGGCUGAAGACCGGCAGCUCAUUGCAGACUUAGUGUUGGCAAAAAUGAACCAGUUAGCUGAGAGAGAAGCUAAUGCUCCCCAGAGACCCACAACCAUACAACCGUCCCAGGGAACUGGCCAAAAAGGAGAGAUUACUGGCGAACUCACUAAGAACGGUGCUGGGCGUCCACCUCAAGGUUGCCUGCAGUACAUUCUCGACUGUAAUGGCGUUGCAGUGGGUCCAAAACCAGUCCAGGCCAACUGAAACCUGCAGAGGGAAAUGUUCUCUCAGCGUCUGGAUGGAUGGCGGUGUGCCCCCUAGCUGCGCAGACGUGUCGGUGAAUGCUGGCAGCUAGAAUCAGAUCUGGUUGGUGUGAGCUCUCGGUGCAACUGCGAGUAGGCCUGGACUGUGUUUUUUCUUAACUCUAUGCAGUGUCAACAUGUACUGUCUACCUGUCCACCUGUUGGUUUGUGUGCUUGUAUUGGCCACUUGUGUUUCAGCAGCCGUGUGUUUUCUGAAUUUCUUUGAGCCUGUUGUUGAUGAUAUAAAAUGAAAAUUGUGCCUACACUGAGUUCAGUGCUGCUCUGUGCUAACUUUCUAACCCGGCUAUGAAGCUUUUAUUUCCCCCUAACAAUGUGUCUUCAGCUUAUUUUGCAUAAUUUGGUGUGUCCCUCUAGUUAUUAUUCAAACUGUGGGUAACCAUAGAGUUUGAACUUGUAUAUCUUAAUAUGUAUAAGAUAAAUGUGUGUGUAUGGUUGUAGUGGUGAAUAUUUUUGUACUUCUACUGAUAGAUAUUUAUUUUUAUUUGUUUGCAUGACUGACACAAAGACAGGUGCAAGUCUUAAACGUCUGAUGAUGUGGGAUGUUUUAUCUAACAUGGCUGUUAAAUCGCUGUGUAUAACUAAGGUGUGUUUCCUGUGAUUCCACAUUGUGAAUGUGUAUGUAACAGCAGAUACAUAUUAAGAGAUUCAUGCAGUAUUUUUAUUUUAUUCAAAUCAAUAUUUCCUCAUAGAGUGCUAUCCCUAGAAAUUAGAUUAUUUAGUGGUAGAAUAUAAAUUGAUGCCCAUGUAAUAAAAACUAAAGGUCUAUUGCAGAUUUUAUAAUGUAGAAAGAUUCUAAACUCAGAACUUCACUGUAAUUGUUGAAUUUUGAACCAAAGAAUAUAGUAUUUAGUGUUAGUCUUUGCACUCCAGAAAUUAUCAGUGUAAAUAAGAGUAAGCGGACUGUUAAUCCUGCUUGUGGGCGGUGCAGAUUAAUGGACUAACAGUGGUACAAGCCAAUAGUUAUCCUUUCUAAACCCCUUGUUUCAGAUGUGAUUAAGUAUCAAAGCUCUGUUUCUGUUGUUUGGAGGCAAAAAUUAUUUCUGAUAAUCAAAAGGUGUGUCAUGUGUGAAUAUUCAUCUGAAAUAUUUUAAAUAUAAAGUCCUGCUUACACCAUUCACUUUAUAGAAGCUUCUGAAGAGGCCUUUUUUGUUGCAACAAUCAUUGUUCUGAGGUCUAGUGUUGCCUUAUCUGGCACUGCUGUGCUCAGAUUACUGCCAUUGCUGGGAGUUGAUGGAAAGUGCAAUAUGAAAUCUUAUUUGUUUCGACUCAGUAUGCUUACAGGUGCAUCUCAGUUUGUUAGAAUAUUGUCAGAAAUUACCCUUUUUUUAUCCGAUUCAAAACAGAAACUCCAAUAUUAUCAAUGUGUUCUUCAUUCACUCAAAUUUUCAUGGCUAAAGAUAUGAAGGUAUCUACUCCAAAACAUAAAAUAUAACCUGAUAUGCUACGUUACUGCUAUGUCACGGCAUAGAGAAUUGUGGUGGAGAAGGCUGAAUUAUCCAGUAAGUCACAAGUGAUCAUUGCUAAAUAAGCUGUCUGUUCAAAGACUGCUAAAUACCAACAUCGUGAAGGAAAGUUGAGUGGAAGGAAAACAUUUUGUGCAAGCAACAAUGACAACUGGAAUCAUUGAGUUUGUUGAGAAGGUCAUUUAAGAGAUUGGGGACAACUCAUAAGGUGAAGUCUGCAGCUGGAGUCAGUGAAAUCAAGAACAACCACCAAUAGAUUAACAAGAAGUAAAAUGUUUCUGGGUUUAAAGUUGUAUAAAAAAUACUACACUGUCGGAAUGAAAUACUGAAUAAAUCAGACAACUGAUUAUAUUUAAAUUUAUUGAGAUGCAAAUGUAUACAUAAAAUCAGAUCUUCCAUUUAAAUAUUUUUUCAAAAAGCGAUAAUCACCCACAGCCCGAGUAGUUCUUUUUACCGAGUGGCUUUUUGUUCUACUGUCUUUAUGUGCUGUUGUCCAGUGGUUUACUUCAGAAGGCCAUCUCCUUUAUCCAAUAUCCUAAAUGGUGAAAAACAAAAAAAAUGUAAAAAAAAAACAAGAAUCUUUUCAGCAAGUUUUGUGUGCAGUUCUUUUUCUCAGCUGUGAUAAGUGCCAUUGUUUUAUCUGUGACUGUAUCCCUGUAGAAAGCCAUGCCUGAGGCUUUAUGGACGUGUUGUUCCGUUUAUUAGGAAAUAUGCCAUGACAUUGACCAGCGGAGAGUCACAAGUCUGUGACGGCUACGUUGUUCGGCCUCAGUUUGGAAACUAAAUACAUCUGAGCUUUGUCAUUUGGCCUUUGUGUUGAGGUGAUACUUCUGGCUGCAGAUUGAAACUGCAACUGAGGCAGCAACUUUGAGAAGCAGAGUUAAGCUGUAAAAACCCAGAUCUGGAAAAAUACAAUAAUGUGUGAACUCUUUAUGUCACUGGCAAUAAAGCUUCCUUUGCAAUA